CCAUCAUGCAACGUUACUGGGUUUGCUUUGAACUUCCGGUUAGCUUGGUCAAGAUAGCGGACGAACGGUCGAUCGAAUAAAUACUGAUGUGUUAGUGUAAAAGUGGUGCCUUACUGCUCAGGAACGCGUUAUUGUGGAGUUCUCAAGAACUCUAUUUAGGAAACGAAAAUGAUCCGCUUCAUCCUCAUCCAGAACCGAGCAGGAAAGACACGGCUGGCCAAAUGGUACAUGCAGUUUGAUGAUGAUGAGAAACAGAAGCUGAUCGAGGAAGUGCAUGCUGUGGUCACUGUCAGGGAUGCCAAGCACACCAACUUCGUUGAGUUCAGGAACUUCAAGAUCAUUUACCGGCGCUAUGCUGGUCUCUACUUCUGCAUCUGCGUGGAUGUGACCGACAACAACCUGGCAUACCUCGAAGCCAUCCACAACUUUGUAGAGGUGCUGAAUGAAUAUUUUCACAAUGUGUGUGAACUGGACCUUGUGUUCAACUUUUACAAGGUGUACACUGUGGUGGACGAGAUGUUCCUGGCAGGGGAGAUCAGGGAGACCAGUCAGACCAAGGUCCUCAAGCAGCUCCUCAUGCUUCAGUCACUAGAGUAAAGGUUUAUCCGUCCUUUUCACUUAUCCGCAGCCCUUGCAUUCAACCCUUGCUUCUCCUCGUUUCCAUUGAUCUGAAAAGCAACCACGUCAUUGUCCUGCUUCUGCAGAGCCAUCUCUAAACCAAACGGAAGCAGGAGGUGUUUAAAAAAUAUACUCUAUAUUGUUUACAUACUGAUGUUUGAGGUAAACUAGACUGUUUGCCGUAGAAGUAUAUAUAUUGCAAUAUUCUGUACCCGUGCAACAGCUAUUGUUGUUUGUAAGCCAACAGAAUACAUUUCUACUUGUUAAUCCUCAUUAAGUUGGAGUCAACCAGCGGGUGCAGAAACCAGUUAUUCUGUGUAGUAACCAGUAAAUCGAUGCAUUUAUGUUGGUGCACUGUGGAAACCAUAGCGAAACUGUUCUCUCCUGCCCUCAUGUGUUGCUCAUUAACCUAAACAUUUAUCUAAUGGCACUACUUUAACUAACAAGCACCAGAAACGUGGACCACAGAUUCAUUCGGAAUGAAAGCUUGCAGUCAAAAAGGAGCAGUCUUGGGAGUGUUACAGCACUCCUCAGGGCUCAUUUGCAUUUUAUAAUCCAACUCUCCAUUCAAGCAGACUACAAGUAGAAAGUCUUUUAGAGCAAUUAACCCAGCACAGCGAGGUAAUCGCCCAACAGAUGGAACCGAGUACCUUUUCAAUGUUAUGCUAACCUAUGCUGUGUCGGGCCUCCUUCUGGGUGAUGAUCUGAUGGAUGUGCUUUGAUUGAUUAUCAUUGAAACAAAUGGUGCUUGUUGGUCCAUCUUAUAACACUUAAAUGGAGAACAUGGACAUGCAGUGUAUUUUACAUAAAGCUGAAAUGUGAUGUUUGCUCAGUAUGAUGUAUGCGUGCGUGUAAAUACAGUGCAUCUUGUGUCGAAUAUUGUGAAAUUAAUUCAUAGAAAAGAAGUUGUUCUCCCAUUGAUUGUUAAGGAUUCAUACAUUCCAUUGGCAUAAAGCUAAAUUACAUUUUAAACUCUCUUGUGAAGUUGGACAAACAAUCUGCUUUUAUACACGUGUCUUUGCUGGACAUAAAUGUCUAUGAAAUUAAAAAUGCCAUUCUAAUUUUAAUCAUAUUCAGUUGCACAAUUGAUUUCAUAUAAUCAACAAACUUUUUAUUGUUAAUUAAACAGUAGUGAACAGUGUAACACUUCCCUUCCUGUGAACCAAUCAGAUGUCUCCAGUUCAACACUUAUAUGUCCCAUUUUUGUGGUGUAAAUAAACAUGAAGUGAUCAGA